UAAUUAAGGGUUCGAAUAUUGCUGUGUUAUUUCUGAAAUCAUAACUUGUCCUCCUCGCUGCUCCUGAGCUGUCAGGGUGAGAAUUAUCGGUGCUUUAAAAGCAACAGCUGGCGAGCAGGAGUCACACAAACUACUGAUUUACCCCGACGGAAUGAGGAGAAUUAACGUGCUAUUACCACGAAUACCACGAGUUUGCUGUGUGAUUAGCUUGAAAUCGCGAUGCCGGCGUGUUUACCUGUUUUUAUCCAGCUUUACAAGGUUAUUUGUGACAUUUGACAGGAAAUGUGAAGAAAAGGUUACAGAAGGAACUGCUAGCCUUGCAGAAUGAUCCACCUCCCGGAAUGACCCUAAAUGAGAAGAGCGUACAAAACACCAUCACACAAUGGAUUGUGGAUAUGGAAGGAGCCUCUGGUACUCUCUAUGAGGGGGAGAAAUUUCAGCUUCUUUUUAAAUUUAGUAGUCGUUAUCCCUUUGAUUCACCUCAGGUAAUGUUCACAGGAGACAAUAUACCUGUCCAUCCCCACGUUUAUAGCAAUGGCCACAUCUGCCUGUCCAUCUUAACGGAGGACUGGUCACCAGCUCUUUCUGUGCAGUCUGUUUGUCUUAGCAUUAUUAGCAUGCUGUCUAGCUGCAAAGAGAAGAGGCGGCCUCCUGAUAACUCCUUUUAUGUACGGACGUGUAAUAAAAAUCCAAAGAAGACAAAAUGGUGGUAUCAUGAUGAUACAUGUUAAUAUGAACUUUCUAGAACUCCCGGAGGGAAGAAGUCCUACUGACCUAUAAAAGCACUUUUUUGAAAUCAUAUGGUCUCUGAACUUUAACCUUGGACUCAAACUCAAGCAUGGACUCAGAACACAAACAUAGGAGAUGAUGUCAACUGUGUUACCGGUGGCCAGUUGGAUGCAUGUUUGGGAAAACUGAAAAACAGUCGAAGAACGGAAAUCAAUUUUUGAAGAGGAUGGAAACGGACCCGUCAAGGGUCGGUGUGGAAAAAUUCGAUAAAUCCAGGAAAAAUUAUUAUUAUUUUUUUUUUUGGGUAGUGAGAUUAUUUCUAUCUUGGACCAUACAUGAUUCUGUUCAUUUUUGUCAUUGGUAUGUUUUAAGGUCCAUGUGUCUUGUGCAAUAACAAGGAUAGGUGCAUAGCAGGGCCAAUAAUGAAGAAAUCCAAAUCAAAUUAUAGAAAUCCAAAACCAAUCUGGAAACGAUUGUAGUGUCCUUUUUUUUUCUCAUUCCUUAUAUUCCUACUGAAAUGAUAUGCACUGUGAUGAAAUCGAUGAAAGACCAGUUCAUUCUGAUGAAGAUAUGAUGCACUUCUUCAGCAAGUUUCUGAUGUUCCACUGUAAAUAGAUUAAUUUAAGAAAGGUACUGUUUUAUCUCUAUCUCAAGUUCUGCUAUUAUUGCAAAUGCUGGUGUUAUUUAGGACUAUAAUAGGUCCAUCAAACCAACCUUGACCAUCCAUGAACUCAUAUUUACCUCUACCAAGUCAUACGGGAUGAAACCAGUGUUGUGUGUAGGUUCGCCAUUAAAGCAGAGCUAUAGGUAACCCAUUAUAUUGAAUGUUAGCAAGAAAGUUGUGUCUUGUUCUAUCUUAUUUGUAUAAAAUGUUUUUGUUAUGAGACGCAAGCUCAGUCUAUUUUAAGCUAUUCCAUUUUAAAAAAUUUGCUUCACCUUUGUCACUUUUUUUUUUUUUUUUUUUUUUUUUUUUGGUUCAAGUAAUGAAAAAGAGUUGAAGAAUGGCAGUAAGGGUGUACGUCUUAUUUAAUUUUGUGUACUUGUUUUAUUCUCUAUAACCUCAGAGGUUUCGGAAGUUAUUGUGGUUUAUAUAUUCUUAAGAUGUUGAUUAUCCUGGUCAUACUUGCCUGGCUCAGGUAAUUUUUUCAAGGAUGUAAAAAAUCACAAAUAUUUCUAAAUAUUUUCCAUUUGAUUCUAUUUUCUCCUAAAGGACUGUUACGUAGUUUAGGAAAAAAAAAAAAAAAAAAAAAAAAAGAUGCAUAACUCCUAAAAAGUGAAAUUAACUCGGCAGCAUGGUCUACGUGUAGAUAGACAAGUUAUUGCGGAGCACAUAUUUGAUAAUGUUUAGAUCCUGCACUUUUUAUUUUCAAAAUUAAAUUAUUUUAAUUCUAUUUAAUUGUAAAAAAACAACAAACGAGUGUUGUUAUGGUCAAGGGUUAUCGGGUGGUUUGGCUUUUGUGUUUUCUGGGAUUUAAAAAAGGCUCACACACUUCCUGUCCCCAACAAUUGUAUAUGUUUGAUGUACGGUAUCCGAUCGGUAAUGUGAGAUCUCACACUGUUUAUUAACUUCAUACGCUCCAAAGAUGUAUUUUUAGCCAUCCGUUCAGAAAUACUUGAAUAUUCCAAACCUGGUUGGCUUGUCUUUUUUUCCAUUGUCUGUGGUACAGUGUACUUAGACUUCCAAGUGAAUGUGUCGGUGUAGAAAAACUGGAGAUGGCCAUGACUCUUCCCUCUGCACACAAUAUCAGGAUACUUUAUUUUAUGUUACACAUGUAAUUGUGCUUACUACUGAAAGAAAUGUGUGGAAAUGACAACAGGGCUAAACUUGAAUGUGCGUUCGCUGGCUGAGAAAUAUAUUGACACCUGUCAGCAUUCGAAAGGAAGUCAAUAAGUGUACACGCUUACGUUUAAGUAGACUUAAAAGGUAUCUAAAAAGUUUUCUUUUUUUGCUAAUGAAGGGUUCUAUUUAAAUUGGUUUGCCAGCUGUAGGAGGUGACAGGAAUUAUUGUUUUUUAACUCUUUCUUUGAGGGUUUUUUUUUUGGGUAUGUACAAAUUAUGUAAGUUGUGCCUGUUAAUUUAAAGAAUAAAAAUACAGGUUUUGA